AUGAAUAGAAACUACGGAAGAAGACUUGCUGAUUUUCAAGACGAGCACUACUGCGCAGGAAAUGUCACAGGAAAUUUCCGCCGCUCAUCUUCACUGCGGCUGCGCGGUGAAAAAAUGGUGCAGCGAUCUCCUUUAACAGCUAGGAAAUAUAUUUCAAUAAUCACGGAAAAUACAAACCAGAAACAAAGAAGCGAUGGCUCACGUCUUCCCGAGCCAAGCCAUCGCCCCCGGAGUCAAUCGUUUAACGCAAACGCGAAUAAUAAACCAAAGAAGUCCUGUUUGAAAAUACAAGAACCGUGCAUGGAUAGAAAUCUAAGCAUGACGGAUUCGGCUCACACGCCGCCUGGUUCACCUGAAGAUUUGCCUGAUGAUGAAUCUCUUCAUAGUUAUGGUAGUGCAGCGACUGCAGCAUCAAUUGAUGCUGGAUAUGCUCCUUUUAAUGGCACCACUUUUAGUGGACGAUCAAUGCGCUAUGUGUUGCAUUGUUCUUCACAUGCUGGUUUAGCAGGAGAGGAAUAUCUAACGCCAACACAGCGCGCCCAAAAGCAGAUACGUCGGCUAAAAAAUCUACUAAGCCAAGCCAAAAAAGACUUGGAAAAGAAAGAUAGUGAAAUAUUCCAACUCACAAAAGAAGUAGUUGAGUUGAGACUAUACAAAGCAUCAAUAUUCUCACCAGAUGAGAAAUCAAAUUCUAGUGAAAUUGUAACUGUGAGAGAAAACAAUGGGGAACCCUCCAUCGAAGAUGAGAGUAUUAAAAUAUGUAAGGAGAGAUCCUACGAUAUCACUGAUAGUCCUUUAUUCAAGGGGCAGACACCAACUCGCUGUCGAAAUGAAAUGCAAGGGUCAUUUACUGAUUCAGGACACUUUGACGAUCUCACAAAUUCUUCUUUACACUCAAAAGAGUCAGUUCAUAUGUUGACCCAUGAUGCAUCUUGUAUGACCGAAAUUAGUGACAGUGAUGAAGAACGUAGAAGCUUGAUAUCUUACUAUGAAAAGAAGAUAGAAGACAUCAUGAGAGCUCAUGUUGGUGAAACACAAGAAAUGAAAAAGGCUCAUAAUGACAAAGUGGAAUCUUUGCUACAGAAACUUGCUGAUGUAAAUACAAGAUAUUGUGAAUUAUUACCAAACUAUGAACAGGCCAAGGAAAGAAUACAUACAUUAGAGAAGCAGUUGGAAGAAGCUAGCAAGCAAUUAGAAGAUGAAGAAAGUAGACACCGAUCAAUUUAUUUGCAAAUGUAUAACAAAGGGAAAGAGGCAGCAAGAUAUGAAUCGGAUAAGGAGCCAGAGCCAGAGGCAAGUACCAGCCAACUUAGCCGAGUAUCCGUUGAAGAGUUAUUAGAACAACUACAGAUCACUCAGACUGAGCUCGAGAAUGUCCGAGACACGGCAUUCACAGCGGACCGAACUACAAAGUCACAAGUACUUCUAAGUGCAAAGGAGGCUGUUUCUUUAUGGGUCCUAGGAGCUCGAAAGGCUAUGUAUCGUCGCAUCGUGGAUUCACAGAAAGGCAGCAAAACGAGUGUGGAUCCUGAGGUGACAUUGCAAUUUUUGAAAUCGGCCAUUUAUUAUUUCCUCACAGACCCAGAAAAUCAUCAGGGUCACCUGAACGCCAUAGAAAAUAUUUUAGGUUUCACUGAAGCUGAAAAAAAGAAUAUACGCAAGGCCAGAUUGACG